AUGAGACUGGUGAUCCUGGAAGACUAUGACCUGGCCAGUGAAUGGGCAGCCAAAUACAUCCGCAACAGAAUCAUCCAGUUCAAGCCUAGUGCCGACAGAUACUUCACUUUGGGAUUACCCACAGGUAAACUUUUGUUGAUUUACAGAUACAAUAAAUGUAUCUGGUAACUACUGUAACUUGCCAGGUACUAAAUGUUAGUUUGUAUGUCAUGUUGUAGGUAUGUAGCUAAGUAUCAUCCAUGUCCCUCUCUUUUAGGAAGCACUCCUUUUGGAUGUUAUAAAACACUGAUAGAGUAUCACAAGAAUGGGGACCUCUCUUUCAAAUAUGUGAAGACCUUCAACAUGGACGAGUAUGUGGGUGAGUUUGAGCCUACAGGUACAAAUUACACUCCCAACCACAGAUAUAGGACCAGAUGUUCUUAGUCCAAGCCAAACCCUUAGUAACAGUGAAGGGUAAAUUAUUAAACUGACCCUUUAUGUUGUUGGAGUGUAAUAGAAGUAGGGAUGUAGAAUCAGUGGUGUAGCCUUGCAGGAAGAAAGAAUCUGCCCACUCAGCUCAUUUAGAACCUGAGGAAGUGGGAGGUGGCUCUGGCCACUCCUGGGAAUUUAGCUGACCCAGCUAGAUUUCAAUAGCAGAAUGAUGAAACCAGCAUUUGUUUUUGCUUUAGUAUUUAAAAGCAAUAAUGCUCACAUCAAGCUAACUACAAAAGAAACAAGUUAUGAUUCCUUCCUCAUCUAGCUAAUUGGUAAGGUGCAGGCAAUUCAGUGGAAACAUUCUCCACCCUGCCCACUGAUUCAUCUUCUUGAAUAUGCCUUCAUACUUCCUUUUGAUAGGGAAUUAUUAGAAAAUGUCUUGCUAUAACCUGUCUUUCUUAUCAAAUCAAGGUUUAUUUGUCAUAUGCACAGGACACAGUACAAAGAAAUGCUUACUUGCAAGCUAUCCUCUCAAACAGUGCAACAGCUUUAACAAUUAUUCAAUAAAGAGUAAGUAAGAAAAGAACACUCGGUAUAACGUUUUAAAAUAACUUAUUCACCACAGGCCUGCCCCGGGCCCACCCAGAGAGCUACCACUCCUACAUGUGGAACAACUUCUUCAAGCACAUUGACAUUGAUCCAGCGAAUGCCCAUAUCCUGGAUGGCAAUGUCACCGACCUAGAAGCAGAGUGUGAGGCCUUUGAGAAGAAGAUCGCCCAGGCUGGGGGAAUCGACCUGUUUGUGGGGGGUCAGUUUUUAUACUUACAUACAUGCUUGUGGCAUAAAUUGGUUUUAAUGUGUUUUAACACCUCAAAUGCAGCAUAAACAUUCUGAGCCGACCCGCAGUGUGUUUUUCCUUUAUCUGCUAUUGAUUACAUUUGGGACCAAAGUCUCAGGUCUAAAGGGUUAUCUGUCCUUUAUGUUAAUGCAGCUGGCCCCUGGUCAUUUAUCAAUUUGUCAAUGGUCUGUGUUUAUUAAAGGAGCCCGAGAGCUUAAGUAAGUGAGUAAUUCUCUCUCUCUGUUAUUGUACUCAAGGAAUCGGACCGGACGGUCACAUUGCUUUCAAUGAGCCAGGCUCCAGUCUAGUCUCCAGGACCAGAGUGAAAACCCUGGCGAAGGACACCAUCGUAGCCAACGCCCGUUUCUUUGGCAACAACUUGUCAAAGGUCCCCACCAUGGCCUUGACUGUGGGUGUGGGGACAGUCAUGGAUGCUCGAGAGGUAAAGAAGAGGUCUUAACAUUAUAUUAUUUUAUCUAUUUGUCUGUCAUAUAUUUUCAUAGCACAGAUAUUGUUUCAUUAUGUAGACACAAAAAAAACUUUAUUAACCUAGUAGUAGUUUUCUUUAGAAAUGAUGACUAUUGCAAUUGUAGAGAGGUAGUGUUGAAUGUUCUUUUAGAUGUUUCCUUGAUAAUGAUAUUAAAUUAAUUAUGUUUGUUGUUUGUUUCAGGUCAUGAUUCUUAUCACAGGAGCCCACAAAGCCUUUGCCCUGUACAAAGCCAUAGAGGAGGGGGUUAACCACAUGUGGACCGUCUCAGCCUUCCAGCAGCACCCGCACACCAUCUUUGUGUGUGACGAGGAUGCCACACUGGAGCUCAGAGUCAAAACGGUCAAGUACUUCAAAGGUGAGCAUGAGAUAGGAGUUACUAUAAAGGAAAUUGGUUACAACAAAUGGUGGUGCACUUCAUUUGAUACUGGACAGUUAAGUAUUACCCACUUAACAUGUUUCCCAUUAAUUGUUCAUUCCCUUCCAGGUUUGAUGCAUGUUCACAACCGACUGGUGGACCCAGUACUCAGCAUAAAGGACCAAUAAUGGAGAAUGGAGUGAAGUCUGAAUUCCAGACCUCCAAAUGGUGAAUGGACCUAGAGUUUUUGGUAGGCUAUAACCAGCAAGACAAAGUGCCAGGGAGAUUGUCAGCACUUCAGUUGAGGGGCUAUGGUUUAAGGCUACCAUAACAACUACCCAAGCAUUAAAGUGCAUGAGACUUGCUGGCAUUCAUAACCCUUUCCUCCAUAGACAUUAACUGUCAUUGGCUGUUUUUCAGCUUGUUUACAGUCAAUUAGGGUAAUAUGAAGGCUAACUGUAAAUGCCCCCUCAGCUGAUAUGUUAAAGAUGCCAUGAAUUCUCAUACACCACUGUUACCGAUUUUAUAUUAUGAGGUCAGACCCUUUGCCGUAUUAGUCUCAAACAUUUAUUGGGUCACUGCAUUGUCAAGGGAACUUGUUCAUCACAUUCUAGCAUCCAACCACUCAGCUACAACUCAAGGAUGCGUCUUCACACUAAACACUUCUCGACUCAUCUGCCUUCUCGACUCAUCUUCCUUCUUCCAUCUGCACAAUCUAGAUACGGGAUGGAGGAAAGCAAAAUGCUUAGACCAGCUCAGAUGGAAAAAGGAGUUAUCAAGUAAAGCCACUUUGGGUUAUAGAGACUUGUCACUUUGAGCCAUUUAGACAGCAUAUGCCUCAAUUGGCAUUUAACAGGGAAACAACACUAUCUUUUCACUGACAUUCUAUGUCACUUGUAGCUUUGAACAUUUCAUAGAUUUGUUUACAUGGCAGUCUGUUAUACUUGCCAAGUCGCCACCACAUUGAUAUACAUUCAUUAUACUGUCUUUUGUAUUUCUAUCCUGAAUGUCAUUCUUGGCCAUAUUAUACGGCAAGCGUUUGAUCUCAUGGCUUCAUGUUGCCUUUUCAAACAUCUUCAGUCGUUCCUUUUACUUUUUCCUCUUGUGGUUUGGUAGAACAGUAUGUUUUCAUUUUAUUGGAAGUACAUUUUCCCCAAAUACU